GUGAAGUAAUUUAUUUAACGAAAAGUGUGCAAACAGUCGAUUAUAAUUAAUUUUCUCAAAUACUUUACUCAGCGCUGGUAGUAAAGAUAUUGGUCUGAAAUUACUGGGAACAGACCUGUCUCGACAGCUAUAGAUAAUUAUGUUUUCGAACACUUAAAAGAGAGCAGCAAGUUUUCUACUAAGAUAAAAUAAAAAUAAAAUUGCCAGUCGCGCGACGCCCAACUAACGUACGGAGUCGGCGGUCUGUGUUCAGUUAUCUGUCUCCGACUCGAUCGAGAGUCGUGUGAUUCGCUCGUUCCUUCGAGCGGUACGAACUGUGGGUCAUGAACAGACGGAGGAGGGCGACGGGGGCGGGGGCGGGGGCGGGCUGGCCGUGCGCGCGGGGGGCGGCGAGUGCGUGCGCGCGCCGCCCGACAUCGCCGAGCUGCUGGCGGACGCGCUCAAGCAGCACGCCGACCUCGGGGACGUGCAGACCGCCGCCACCGCCAUGCUCGUGCUGCAGGACCACAGGUACCUCCCCACCUCCCCCCCACCUCCCCACACCGCCCCACACCGCCGAGCUGCUGGCGGACGCGCUCAAGCAGCACGCCGACCUCGGGGACGUGCAGACCGCCGCCACCGCCAUGCUCGUGCUGCAGGACCACAGGUACCUCCCCACCUCCCCCCCACCUCCCCACACCGCCCCACACCGCCGAGCUGCUGGCGGACGCGCUCAAGCAGCACGCCGACCUCGGGGACGUGCAGACCGCCGCCACCGCCAUGCUCGUGCUGCAGGACCACAGGUACCUCCCCACCUCCCCCCCACCUCCCCACACCGCCCCACACCGCCGAGCUGCUGGCGGACGCGCUCAAGCAGCACGCCGACCUCGGGGACGUGCAGACCGCCGCCACCGCCAUGCUCGUGCUGCAGGACCACAGGUACCUCCCCACCUCCCCCCCACCUCCCCACACCGCCCCACACCGCCGAGCUGCUGGCGGACGCGCUCAAGCAGCACGCCGACCUCGGGGACGUGCAGACCGCCGCCACCGCCAUGCUCGUGCUGCAGGACCACAGGUACCUCCCCACCUCCCCCCCACCUCCCCACACCGCCCCACACCGCCGAGCUGCUGGCGGACGCGCUCAAGCAGCACGCCGACCUCGGGGACGUGCAGACCGCCGCCACCGCCAUGCUCGUGCUGCAGGACCACAGGUACCUCCCCACCUCCCCCCCACCUCCCCACACCGCCCCACACCGCCGAGCUGCUGGCGGACGCGCUCAAGCAGCACGCCGACCUCGGGGACGUGCAGACCGCCGCCACCGCCAUGCUCGUGCUGCAGGACCACAGGUACCUCCCCACCUCCCCCCCACCUCCCCACACCGCCCCACAUCGCCGAGCUGCUGGCGGACGCGCUCAAGCAGCACGCCGACCUCGGGGACGUGCAGACCGCCGCCACCGCCAUGCUCGUGCUGCAGGACCACAGGUACCUCCCCACCUCCCCCCCACCUCCCCACACCGCCCCACAUCGCCGAGCUGCUGGCGGACGCGCUCAAGCAGCACGCCGACCUCGGGGACGUGCAGACCGCCGCCACCGCCAUGCUCGUGCUGCAGGACCACAGGUACCUCCCCACCUCCCCCCCACCUCCCCACACCGCCCCACAUCGCCGAGCUGCUGGCGGACGCGCUCAAGCAGCACGCCGACCUCGGGGACGUGCAGACCGCCGCCACCGCCAUGCUCGUGCUGCAGGACCACAGAAAUGAUUUGUUCCCGUACAUUGAUGAGGGCAUGCAAGAGAACUGGCUGUUGGGUUACAUCGAUAUACUGCAGAGGCACAAGUUGUGGAACGUCGCCACAGAGGUGAUUCGCAACGCGUGGUUGAGCAGCGUCUGGACGAUAUCGCAGCAGUCGACGACCGUGGCCAUGUGCUGCGGUCGGUGCGGCCGGAGGACCCGCCCCCACUCCGCCUGCGACCGCUGCCAGCCCAGGCAGCUGCCCGAGAUAUGCGCCGUCUGCCACGAGGUCAGUAGCUCUAAAAACGGUCGGUAGCUGCUACCGACGGUUGUCGGUACAUUAUUGAAACCGGUGUUAAGACAUCCACCGUACUCCCCGGACCUUGCUCCAAAAGAUUACCAUUAUUUUCGAAAUUUGGAUAACUUUUUGCAAGGGAAAAAAUUCAACUCCGAUGGGACAGUGCAAAUCGCCUUCAAAGAUUUUAUUGAUUCCCGUCCGAAUAGUUUUUUUAGUAAGAGGAUCAAUGAACUACCU